ACUGUUUGUCUUGAUUGCAUCAAGCCCAGUAUUGUUCUUCCAGGUUCUGCCAAGGUCAAGAAAUUAGCUUCAGAGUCUCAAAUGGAUGUUUCCAGGCAGCAGGUUUCUCUCCAGAGGCUAUCACUUUCCGACUUUAGCAACCCCAGCUCACCGAUUUCGCUACAUGAUUUAUCAAGCUCUCUUGUGGGAUCAAAUCUGUAUUUCUUUACUCUCCAGGAGCUGCAAGUGGUGACCAAUAAUUUUUCCAGGGACGAGUUCCUUGGAAGAGGUGGAUUUGGAAAGGUGUAUAAAGGGUUCAUUGAUGACGGACUUAAGCCUGGCUUGAAGGCUCAACCUGUGGCUGUUAAGGUCUUGGAUUUGAAUGGCUGUCAGGGCCAUGAAGAAUGGCUGGCUGAAGUGAUCUUCCUGGGACAGUUGAAGCAUCCCCAUCUUGUGAAGUUGAUCGGAUGUUGCUGUGAAGAUGAGCACAGGCUUCUGGCUUAUGAAUACAUGCCUCUUGGAAACUUGGAGGACAGACUAUUUGAAAAUUAUUAUGCACCAUUAACAUGGUCAGCAAGAAUUAAAAUUGCGAUAGGAACUGCUAAGUGUCUAGCCUUUCUCCAUGGAGAAGCGAAACCCGUAAUAUGCAGAGAUUUGAAAUCUUCAAACAUUUUACUAGACAAGGAUUAUGUUGCCAAGCUCUCUGAUUUCGGACUAGCAAAAGAUGGCCCAGAGGGAGAUGACACACACAUUUCAACCCGUGUGAUGGGCACUGAAGGCUAUGCAGCUCCUGAAUACAUACAAACAGGUCGCCUGACAGUUAUGUGCGAUGUGUAUAGUUUUGGGGUGGUGCUUUUGGAGCUGCUAACCGGUAAGCGAACUGUUGACAGAAACCGGCCCAGAGCAGAGCGGUAUCUGGUCAAUUGGGCUAGACCAAUGCUCAAGGACUUUAAUAAACUAGAGCAAAUUUUGGAUGCAACACUUGAAGGCCAGUACUCAACAGAGGGAGUCAAAAGGGCUGCCAAAUUGGCUUACAAGUGCCUGAGGCGUGAGCCCAAAGCUCGGCCCACAAUGAGCAGUGCGGUCGAGACAUUGGAGCCUCUCCUGGAAUUCAAUGACAUCCCUAGGGGACCCUUUGUGUGCAUUGUUUCACCUGAAGGCAACACAAGUUAUAAUGUGCUUAAUAACAGUGAUGAAAAGGGUGAAGAAAAGGAGAAGAAGAAGGAAGACAAUGGCGGCCAUUGGCAUCGAGAAGGCCAACAACAACAGCUCCGAACUGGGCCAUCAAGGUCUAGAGGUGUAUGUUCUGAUUCUGCUUUGUAUAAAGUCCUUGGAAGUAGGCUCUACUCUCCCAAAAGAGGCAACAGAGGGCAAAAUGAGCCGUAGCUUUCAGCAUUAAGAAGAGCAAUUUUUUUUUUUCAAUUUUUUGCACCAAUUUCUGAGUGAUAAAUUUGUA